AGGCGGCGCGGUGCGGAGUGCAGCGGGUGACAGUCGCCCAAAACCUCCGGUCAGGCCUAAACCCCGUGUGCUGCCCAAGCCAGCUGUGCCAGCGAAGCCCUGUACUCCGUUGCCGUCACUUGGGGUGCGAAACACCCGUACCGAGCUGCCUUCUGCUGAGAAGAUCAACCGCUUGGCGGGUCCUAAGCCAUACGGUGCUGGGUUCAGCAGUGUUGUUAAGCGCCCCACUUUCAGCCUCAAGAGCUCCAUGGGAGAGGCCACCAAUGGGAAAAGGGGUUCUUCUCCCCCACCUGGUACCAGGGUUCUGGCUUCAGCACUGCUCACAGCUGAAGAUCUGCCUUGCGUACCAGGGGAGGAAGGAGGGUCUCCUUCCCCUGUGAUGCUGCAGGCUGUGGGACUCCCGGGGACUCGCAAAGUGACUUCUCCCUUCAAGGUGAAACCAGUGCCAGUGGCAACCAAGCCAGAGCGCUUCCCUGGCACCACAGUGGAGGAGAUCCUAGCCAAGAUGGACCAGCCUCGCAAGGAGGCGCCACUCAGCCCUGACAGGGCUUGGGCCCUGCGUUCUUUCAGCUCUGACAGUGGCUCCUACUUUACACCCAAGGGCUUCACUGCCUUUUGGAGACGUGCCAGCAGUGAGGAGGUGGGUGAGAGUGACACCACCUUCAUCUUUGAAGCUUCUAGGGACUCCCUGCCUCCUGAAGCUCUGGAGAGCAAAGAGCCCCCCAGGAAUGAGUUGGGCAUGAGCAGGAGGAAGAGGGAAGGGAGCCCAAGUUCUAAUGGACAGCACUUGCUUGAGCCCCCAGAUGGAGCACCAGAGAGUGACUCUGGCACCGUGGCUACGACAAGAGCCUCCCCAGCCAGCACCAGCUGUGACGGAGAUCCAUCGGGACACAGAAGGCUGCUGUCCACCCCUGGUGUCUCCCUUCUGCAGAUCUGCUCAGUCCCUGCUGCUGCUGUUGAGCUUCGUGACCAAACAGCCCCUGGCUCUCCUAGUGUUUCUACCAACCUCUCUCAGGCCCCAGGGCCCCCCUAUAUCUCUCAUGAACUCCUGGCCCAAGCACUGGGCUUCCCUGAUGUCCCUGCUGAAUUCCCAGCCCCAGGUGUGCCUGGCAUCCCUGCCAGUGUCACUCCUGGGUCCCUUGGCACCCCUUCUGAGCUUCAGGUGAAGGUCUCUGUUAGUCUUGCCCAGACCCCAGGUGCCCCUGAUGCUGCAGCUGAGACCUGUCCUGGGGUAUCCCAUUUACUAGGGUCACCUGAGGGUCCUGGUGAGACAUCUCCAGGCAGCAACAGUCCCCCAGCACCAGGAACCCCUGACACCUCCUUUGAACUCCUUCCCAAGGUCACCUCCUCUCCAGGGUCCCCUGAAGCUCCUUCCCAAUCUCUAACCACCUCCAGUCUAGCUCAGGAGCUCCCCAGAGUCUCCCAGUCCCCAGGAUCCCCAGAGGCACCCACUCAGUCCCCAGGAUCCCCUAAUAGCUUGCCAUGUCCUGAACGCAGCUCCCCUUCACUCUCUGGGGACACCAGGCCAUUCACAGGCCCUGUGGAGUUGUCCCUGCCUGAUGAUGAGAGGAAGGUCCAGCCCCUGCAGCUGGGGCUCCGGCGCUCCUCGGAAGGGAUAGUGCAGCCGUCUGCCAAGGGGCUGGGCAUGGAAGAGCUGGGAGGCUCAUUGGCUGCCUUGUCCCAGGGAAAGGGCCCUCCGUUAGAGAAGUCCUUGGGAGGCGAGUCAAACUGGAGCCUGUCACAGUCGUUUGAGUGGGCUUUCCCCUCCCGGGCUCCUGAGUGGGGGGUGAGGAAAAUGGAGUCAUCUCCCAGGUCCCCCAUCAAAGAGGCCAGUGACUCCAGCAUCUCUAAGGGAGGGGAGUUGGAUGGGGAAGGUUUGGUCCAUCCUGGUACAGCCCUGAGCCCUGAAGGGUUUGGCAUGGGAGCAGAAGAAUUGAAGCAAGGAGACCCGAGCACUGAACUGGGGAGUGGGAGAGGAGAUCAGCCUGAUGCUGGUAGAUGUUCUGGGAGCACAGAGGCCCCUAGUGAGGUGGGAGAGAUCAAGACAGAGGAGUCUGGGAGCAGGGAAAUGAUAUCUGGGAAAGCAGGGGAGGCAGAGGCCCCGAGUCCUGGAGGCCCCACAGCACAAAAGGAGCUAGCUGUGGCUGAGAUGAAGGGCCCUGGGGCAGAGGGGGGCACUCUUCAGGAGGAGCAGGGCACACUGCCGGUCCAUUCUGCUCUUCAUCUGACGGAGCCACUCCAAGCUCUAGAGCAGGCUGAGCCCUCUACACAGCCCUGUGUCCUCUUCUCUGAUACUGCUCACCUGGACAAGGCUGCCUUCUCCUGGGAGGAUGACUCAACACUGGGCCUAGCCCAAACAGGGCCUGCCCUUGAGAGCAUGGAGGGUGCAAGACUGGAGCCAGGAGAGGGAGAUGCCGACCCGCUGGGGGGUUCUGAGUCCCACUCUGAUCCUUGCUGGCUGGAGGAGCUGCUGGCAUCACCCCCGCCCAGUGCUGAUGACACUAAGAGGAAGGUGGUUCCCACACCUGGAGACUCUGAAGGGUCUGAGGGUCUCCUUGGCUGGUCGCGGAAGGACCUGCACAGUGAGUUUGGCAUUGGAGAGGCCCACCAGGUCAGUGACUUUGACUGGGCCAGUGAGCCUGGCUCUGGGAAGAGAGACUGGCCCAGUGGGUAUGGAGCAAGCGAGACCGAACAAGACCGGGCUUUUGGCACCAGUAAACGUGACUGGGCCAGUGCAUACAGCAUUAGUGAAGCUGAUCGGCAGGAUGGGGUGUUUGGUGUCAACGGGAAAGAGUGGGCCAGUGAGUACAAAGGGACAGAGGUAAUGGGGGAUUCCAGCACUGGGCACAGAGACUGGCCUGAUACUUAUGGCCUUGGGGAUGGCCAGCAUCAGGAUGGAGACCUGAGCACUUCCAAGCCAGACUGGACCAGCCAGUACAGCAUUGGCAGCAGUGACAGCCAGGGUAUGGAAUUUGGCACUGGGAAGCCAGACUGGACCAGCAGCUAUGGUAUUGCAAGUGGUAACCAGCAAGAUGAGGAGUUCAGUUCUGGUAAGCCAAGUUGGACCAGUGAGUAUGGUGUGCGUGAUAUUGGCCAGCAGGACAAGGACUUUGAUGUUGGGAAGUCAGGCUGGACCAGUGAGUAUGCCAUGGGUGACACCAGCCAGCAGGACAAGGAGUUCAGUCCCAGCAAACCAGCAUGGACCAGUGAGUACACUGUGAGUGAUGCCAGCCAGCAGGACAAGGAGUUCAGUCCUAGCAAACCAAGCUGGACUAGUGAGUACGGUGUGGGUGACAGCAGCCAGCAGGACAAGGAGUUCAGUCCCAGCAAGACAAGUUGGACUAGUGAGUAUGGUGUGGGUGACACCAGUCAGCAGGACAAGGAGUUCAGUCCCAGCAAGCCAAGUUGGACUAGUGAGUAUGGUGUGGGUGACACCAGCCAGCAGGACAAGGACUUUGGUGUUGGGAAGUCUGGUUGGAAUGGUGACUACGGUGUGGGCAACACUGAACGAAAGGAGAGGGAGUUUUGUACUGGGAAUCAGGAUUGGGCCAGCGAAUAUGGCAUUAGCUGUACAGACCAGGAGAGUGCCUUUUGCAGUGGAAGGAAAGACCAGUCUAGCAUUGGGGAUUCGCAUUGCCUGGGUGGAGAGCCCAGUGCUGAGAAAUCUGGCUGGAGUGGCUCUAAUCUCCAGGAGAACAAGUCUGCUACCAGUAGCAGAAACUGGGCUGUUGAAUUCAGUGUUGGAGGGGCUGAGCACCAGAACCAGUUUGGCAUCAUAGGGACGGACAGGGACAGCAGCAUUGGUUUAAGCACUUUGAAUCCAUCCAGCUCAGCUGGGACUGUUGGUCCAGCAGAGCUCAGAGAGAGCCAGUCUGACUGGGUUGGUGAAGAGGGGAUCGCAGGUCCAGUGAUGCCCCAAGAGGCUGGAACAGGCCAGUCUGACUGGGCCCAGGAUCUUGGCCUCAGACGCCUGGAUAUUUCCAGCAGUUGGGGAGCUGUGGGUUCUGAUGACUGCACAGAGGGUGAAGUGGGACGGACAGACUGGGUCCAGGACCUUGGCAUGAGCAGCCAGAAUCCCUCUGAUGGCCAGAGGCCUGGAGGCUUUGAUAUGUGCAGAGAGGAGCAGCUGGAUUGGGCCCAGGACUUGAGCCCUAUGUUUGGCAUAGGGAACACAGUUACUUUCAGCAGCUCACAGGCCAAGGGCCUGGACAAGACCAGUGAGGCUGGAGUGGAACGAACAGAUGAGGCUGGUGACAGUGGGAGCGAUGUCAUGGAACAAAGCCCUGACCUCAGCCUGCACAUUGAGGAGCCGAGCAUAGAAGAUGGUGGAGACUCGGAGGAUGGAGGCCCUGUAGGCUCACGGCUCUCUGGCCCCAGCUUGCUGCUGGAGGAAAUACUGGCCAACGGCUCUGUCCAGCCAGCCCAGCAGGAGAGACCUGCCUCACCACAGACCAGCCACGUGGGAGAGGAGCAGGGCCUGAGCAACACUGCCAGUGACCAGGCAUUGGAGGUUGACGGCCCUGCCCAGGCUGCUGGAGAUGGAGGGCCCCCCCAGCCUGAUGAUGCAGAUGGGAGCUGCCUACCAAAGCAAGUGAAGAGGCUGAGCCAGCCAGAGUGCAGGGGGAGCCCAACCGAGAGGCGUCGGCUGUCCCAGGGUCCGCUCCCAGCACAGGACUUCUCCUUUCUGGAGGAUGCAGAAGUUCUCGACAGCACUGUGUCCCGAAACAAAGCCAACCUGGGUCGCAAGCGAGGGCACCGGGCACCCGCCAUCCGCCCUGGGGCUACGCUGGGGCUGUCAGAGAUGGAGGGGGACAGCUGGAUGUUCCAGGACUCCACAGAGCCUAGAACAGCGUGUAUGGCCUCCUCAGAUGAGGAGGCAGCAGAGGAGCCAAAGAGCAGGCGUGCACGGCCAUCACCAGCCUCUAAGGGAGCGAAGGUGUCUCUGUUCCCAGGCCUGAAUCCAUCUGCCAUCAAGGCCAAACUGAGGGGCCGGAACCGCUCUGCCGAGGAGGGGGCCCAGCCAGGGGAGGGCAAGCCUGCUUCAUCCAAGGAGCUCCACAUGCAGCGCUCCAAGUCCUGCAAGGUCCCUGGCCUGGCUGGGAAGCCCCCUGCACUACCCCCCAAGCCAGAGAAAUCCUCAGGGUCUGAAACCUCCUCGCCCCACUGGCUGCAAGCACUAAAGCUGAAAAAGAAAAAAUCCUGAAACAGAUCAUGCAAGCGUCUUUUGUCUGCUGCUGGGGCUUGGACAGCUCGCGCACCAAAGAGGCUCAUGUGGGCACGGGGAAUGGGACAGCACAACCUUUGCAGCCCCCCUCCCCCCGCCAUCCAUGUGCUGUUUUGAUGCACAGUGAGGGCUGGGACAGGGCAGGCACACCUAUGCACUUUGUAUCACACUUGAGAGCUGCUGGGUCCCUUUGUUGCCUCCCGCAAGCCGGCCGCUUCCUCUUGCUGCCCUUUCCUACCACCGGCCUCUUGUUAUAAAGCAUCUGGUUUUUGUAAUCAGUGAAGGGGCCCAGCCCUGUCCCCUCUGGCCUGCUUUCCCACUGAGUUGGGGCAGGGUGGAACCUGGGGUUGGAGCUUGCACUCUCUUCCUCUCUGCUGCCCUAUUACAUAUUUCACACACAGAGCAAUGAAUUAUGUCGGUGCCACUUGAUGAGACAAUAAAAUCUUUCUGAUAAUGGAAGGGGCA